GGUCCUGUCGGACACAGACAGCGCUGAGGGCCUGAGUGAGGUGGAACCCCGCUUCUCUGCGACAGUGAUAGAGCUGCAAGAAAAAGAAAGCACUUCUUCCGAUGUGAUAUCUCUUGGCUCUCUUGAAGAAAUAAUGCUUGUUACACCUACAAGCCCCAACAGAGACUUUAUUGCACAUGAAGUCAAUGAAAACCAAAGGAGUAUUGAAGAAAUCUGCAUCUGCUGUGGUAGUUUCCAGAUUCAUACCCAGCAUCCCUUGUUCCACGGAGGAAUUUGUUCUCCAUGUACGGAGAACUUUGUGGAAACAUUUUUCCUGUAUGAUGAUGACGGCUUUCAGUCCUACUGUACCAUCUGCUGCUCAGGAAAGACGCUGCUAAUGUGCGAUGAUCCGACUUGUAAUAGGUGCUAUUGCCUUGAGUGUCUGGAUGUGCUUGUAAGUCCUGGUACUGCAGAGAAAGUUAAAGCAAUGAACACAUGGUUGUGUUUCAUGUGCCUUCCCUUGAGUUCAAAUGGAUUACUGAAGAGGAAGAACAGAUGGCGUGCAGAACUGAAGAGCUUCUAUGAUCAGGAAUCUAACCAUCUUAAGAUUUAUCGGCCUUUAUCUGCAUGGGAACGUAAACCAAUCCGUGUUCUCUCCCUUUUUGAUAAUAUUACCACAGAGAUGACAAAUCUUGGAUUUUUGGACAGCAGCUUGGGGGUUGGUGGCAGGCUGACAUACUUAGAUGAUGUCACUGAUGUUCGGAGGACAGAUGUAAAAGAAGUGGCUCCUUUUGAUUUCAUAUUUGGUUCCACUCCUCCAGUUGGAAAUUCCUACAAACACACUCCCGCUUGGUAUUUCUAUCAAUAUCACCGCAUCCUACAAUAUGGGAAACCCCCAGAGAGCAGUCCCAGGCCAUUCUUCUGGAUGUUUGUGGAUAAUCUGGUGCUAGAAAAAGAAGACAGAGAUACAGCUUCACGAUUCUUUCAGACAGAGGCAGUGACCAUACACAGGGAAUAUAAAGAAAUUGUCCAGAAUGCUGUGAUCUUAUGGAGCAACAUACCAUCUGUUAAAAGCCAAUAUGGCACUCGUUCAGACAGAGAAACUCUCAGUUACAUUGCCAGUUAUUACAACAACUGCAAAGAAUCUGUUGCUGGGAAAUAG